AGCCGGUUGUCCAAACUCCAAAGGUUCAUCUUCGUCGACUCUGUAAACAACGGAGUAGCUGGAGGUCGCGAAGAGAUGGCGGGUUUGCUAGCGUGGGCAGCAGACGUGGUGAAAGCUCACGGAGGUCAAAGCGAUGAAGAAGCAGACAAAAUUCCAUUGAUAUUUACUGAAGAGCAGCAGAAAUACGCACAGGAAUUGCACCAGAAAGCCACCUCCCUCAGCCGAUCGAUCCAAGAUCUCCGACUCAGACUGCCUUCACCUGAUAUCUCCCAGCGUCUCCCUCACCUCCACGCCCAUUCUCUUGCCUACAACAAUGCCCUUGCCCUCCAGUUGAACUCUCACUCCUCGACCCGUGAACAGGCACACUUAAGGGCGGAGACAUUGCAGGAAGAAAAUGCUGCAUAUGAGAAGGCUAUAACAGAUUGUGAGAAUAAGAUACACGAGAAAACACAGGAAGCAUAUUUACUAAGGAGAAAGCUUGAGGAAAUAGAUGAAACUGAGAAAAAGUUGAAAGAUGAACUGGAAAAUCCUCAAACUGCAUCAGAUGAUAGUCUACUUGGGAAGGCUGAUGAAUCUGUAAAUGUAUCCGAAAUGACAGUUGAAGCUAUCUCAGAAGACGAGGCUUCAAAAUCUGCUAUAUUGGAGGAGCUGGAGAGCAAGAAAAGAGAACUGAGUACCAUGGAAGAAAUAGUCCAAGAUUUAGAGAUAAAAUGGGCAGAAGUGCAGGAUAAUGCACUGAAGCAGCCUUCUCCAGUACAGCGAGAGAGUAUAUUGGAUAAACAGCUUCAUAGCCUAAUUGAGCAACUAGAGACAAAGCAGGUUCAAGCGGAAGGCUUGGUUAGUGAAAUCCAUCUGAAAGAAACAGAACUAGAAAGAUUAAGUGGAUUAUGGCGGAGGCUUGAAAGCAGCAACAUAGAAAUGAAUGCUGCCAGGAACCGAUUUGGAAGAAGCAAUUCAGAAACGGGAUAUUCAUCUUCGGAUUACAUUAUUGAUCCUCAUCACAAAUCUCACACUGGAAGGGGUUAUCACCAGAACAGGCUUACGCUGCUCAGGUCGGCUUUUGUGCUAUAUAUUUUAGCUUUGCACAUUUUGGUCUUCAUCAAAAUUUCUUUUUGAAGAGCAUCUGGAGGCUAAAAUCUUCUUCAAGAUUUUUUGUGCAUGCUGAACCUGGAGUUACACUCUUGGUUAGUUAUUUCAUUUAUUUGAGCUAUAUUGUACAACUUCUUUUGAUGAUUCGGACCGAGUGCUUAUGUAUUACUAUUGAAUAUAAAACAACCGCUUCCAUAAAAUUUUGGUUGUGAACAUACCUUUGUAUAGUUAAUGAACUGUUUACUUAUUACAUUCUGUUAA